ACGCCAAUGAUUUCAGGCAAUUCCAAGGCGAUAUCGACCACCCUUCACAUAUGGGCUCUCGAUUCUGUCAUCCGCGAGCUUCAGUCAUGUUCAGCUGCUUGUGCAGCUGAGUUCGCGGAUCUUAUAAUCCCUGGUCGCGUCAGUCUUCUUAGUGCUGAGAGUGGCAACGCCGUACAGAGCUUUGCUGCUGUCUAUGGUGCCUCCCAACUUGCUAAAAUGCCGGAAUUAACACUGUACGAGACAGGCGCUCGCCGGCUACACCCACGCUCACUGAGAAAGAUCUUGGAGAAGCACCAGUCACGGGUCGAAGAAGCGCAAUUGCCCCCUCCUCUUUUUCUCCGUGACGCAAAUCGGGAGAGUAUAGCUCGAACGCUUGCGGAAUACCUGGACGAUCAACAAUAUGUCGCAUACGCAACGACGCUUACGUUCCGAUCAAAUAUCGUAGACCAAUGUCUCACAAAUUUCUUGGGCCACAACGAGACGUCGAGUAAGCUUACUCGAUCAUCCAUUGACACCACUUCGAUCAUGCCCUAUGGUACUCUGCUUGCCUUGAAGGCGUCAGCUCUGACGAGCACCAGCACUGUACAUGUUAUUACCGGUGUGCGUGCAUACAUCGUGUAUCCGCCUACGCCACAUAAUCUGACGACGCUGAACAAGUAUCUCAUAGAUCUUGCCGGAGAUUUUGCGCCAAACUACAAAAGUGUAUGCCAUGAGUUAGAAAACGGUAUUGCCUUCGUUCAGCGUGCCGGUCAGGCUGUGACUAUACCACCAUGUUGUCCAACGGUGGUGUUCGCAACUAAGAGUAGUGCUGAUAUUACCGUCCGUUCUCGGUGCGUUGAAGACUUGCCAUUGCGACUGGAGUAUCUGGCUACCCUAAUGGCCCAGACCCUAGCAUUACAGCUCAUAUGUCGAGAAACAUCCGAGGUAUUGUUGGAAUACCACACCACGCAGCUGUACAAGGAUUUGACAACCGUUCUUAGAGCGCUGGAGCCGAGUGCUGCCAACUGUGCGUUGCUUUUAGCCUUGGGCGCUGUAUGGGAAAGAGAAUACUCUCGUUUCCGUGGUCUCGUGGAACUUUAUGUCGAAAAGUCGUUGAGAAAGCAUAUCUGCCGGAAUAUUCCAAGAGUGUGGAGCUUAGCUGUUCAGAACCAAGGCCUCAGACAUUGCCCUGUCUGCAACGUGAGCAUUGAAGGUCAUGGUGUGGUGUUUCUCACCCACUUCCGAGCAGAGCAUUGGGAUGUGGGCGAGUACACUUACCCAGGCCAGGACUAG